AUGGUUGAAUCGAAGGCAGAAAAGGCCGAAGUUGGCAAGGAAGAUGUCGAAUCUGGCAAGGAAGAAACGGAACCAGUCGAUGUGCCGAUGAAAGUGUUUUCGGUGGAAAUUCUCCGCCUCAUCAAGGACAUGCAGUUACAGCAUGGUCUGCGUCAUGGAGACUUUCAGCGGUAUCGUGGCUACUGUUCCCGGCGUGUAAAGCGGCUCCGCAAAACUCUCAACCUCCCGCAGGGUGAUCGGCGGCAUUACAAGAAGCGCAACGUUACGCUCGCCAAUCUGGAGAAACCGGACUCGGACGAACGGUUUCUGCACAUCCCGCUAAUGCUGGCCGAACGUACGUGGUCGUACGCGAUGCAGUUACGCCAAGAGUCGAACACCGAACCACGCAAGCGGUUCCAUCUCAUUGAAAAGCUUCGCAAAUCGUGCGUGUACGCUCUACAGCUGCAGGUUCUGUGUGCUUCGGAACGAUGCGAUGCCCGUACAAAGCUGGAAGCGGAAGCAUACUCCGCCUGGAUCCAUGGUUCAUUGCAUUUCGAGCUGGCGCUGUGGAAAUCGGCUGCCGAAAACUUGAAGAAGGCUCAGGUUAUUUACGAAAACCUCGCUCAAGCCAUGCCCGAAGAAGAGCAAACCAUUUAUCGCGCCAAGGUGGAAGAGCUAAAGCCAAAUCUGCGCUACUGUGCGUACAACGUGGGCGAGAACGCGUCGGUGAACGAUUUGCUCGAGAUGCGGGGCCAGGCAGGGCUGCUGGGCAAUCUAAGCCAUCUGGUGGCUCAAACGAAAGCCGAAAGCAUGGAAGCGUUCCAGAUGACGGAAUGGCGCGGCCGAAGCGUCACUGUUCGGCCGGAAAAGGUACGACUGUUUUUGCUCAGCAUACAGGAGCUGAACAAGAGCAUCGAGAAGGCGAAAGAUUUCCCAGCCAAGAUCGAAAUGCUGGAGAACGUGUUGCUCGACUGCAAGGAUGCCAUAGCGGCCAUCAAGGAUGAGAUAAAACAGGAUCCGAAGCUGCGCCAGAACACGGCCGAGGGUGGUUCGGGCGGCUUGAUCGGCAUUCAGUAUCUGUUGGCGUACAUGUCGUACACCAGGCUAAAGCUAACGCUGGAACGUAAUCUGUUGCUGGUUGGGCAGGCCAAGCUAACCCUGGACGAUCCAAACGUAGCGGAAAAGAGUCAACUCGCCGGUGGAGGAAAGAAAACGAAGCCGCAGGAUCUUUCACGACUGUACGAAAUUAUUCUGCAGAACGUGACCGAAAUGCAGCAGCUGGCCGGGCUGGAGCAGGAAGCCUCGUAUCAGGCCGAAAUGGAAACACUGUCACUUUCAUUCCGUGCCUUCCGUUGCUACUAUAUCGCCAUUACGCUGGUCGCCAUGAAGCGCUGGCGGGAGGCGGUGGCCAUGUACGAACGGUCGAAAAAGUAUGCAAACGAAGCGACCAACUCCAAAACACCGUGCAAGGAUUUCGAUUUGCGCACCGAGCUAAAGCAGCUGAUCGAUACGAUCGAGGGAUGCAAAUUCUCUGCCCAUGCGUACAGCGUGCUGGAGGAUGAUACGGCGGACGAUACGGUACUGUUUGGCAAGAGUCAAAAAUCGUCCAAACCACUGUAUGAACGGUUAGCCCACUACAAGGAAGAUGCGUCACUGAACUCACGCAACCCGAAUGUGUUCAAGUUAAUCCCGGAGAUGGAACCGAUACCCGCCAAACCGCUGUUUUUCGAUCUGGCUCUCAAUUUUGUCGAUUUCCCGUCGCUAGAGGAUAAGAUAGAGCAAAAGGUUGCCGGUAAGGGUGCGACCGCGGGAAUGUCCGGUUUUGUGAAGGGAUUGUUUGGCUGGGGUGGUGGUGGCGCCAGCAAGUAA